GCCCCGAGCCUGUCCCCACAUGGAAGCCCUACGGAGGGCAGCAACCAUGUGGCUGCUGAGAGCUUUCGUCCUGGCAGCUGCUUUCUCUUGUGGCCCUGCACGAGCCUUGCAGCAAAGCCCGGUAUCCAUCACCAAGCCAGAAAGCAAAACGGUGCUCAUCACCUGCCACGUCUCCGUCCCCAACUUUGACAAAGCUUUCAUUCACUGGUACCGCAAGAAGCCUGGGGCAGCUCCCGAGCGCAUUGCCUACAUGGCAUCCAGGCUCUUCCUUGGGAACGAGGCCGAUGGGGGGAAAUUCAGCAUCGAGAAGGACCUGGACAAAUCUGUCUGCACCCUGACGGUGAGCAAAGUCACCCUGCAAGACGCUGCUACCUACUACUGCGCCAGGUGGGAUGCACAGCAGCAGAGAGCCAUAAGCAGCCUGCACAAAGACAUGCUUCGCUUCCUGGACCAGACCCUGAAAGUCCCAAAAACCUCAAGGAACGUGCCCACCCUGCCUCCCCAUCAGCCCCGAACCCAUCAAGCACACUUCGCAGGCAGCCAGGCACCAAAGGCGCUUCGGGGCUGUCGUAGGCAGUGCAGAUGCUCGCUGUGGCUCGUACCAGCAGAGAAGUCAUUUCACUUCAGCAACAAAAAGGGGAUUUCCCCAGGAGGGCAGCGUGUGGAGCAGCAGCAAGCGGCUCUCAUGCAUACGGCUCUGAGCAGGCGGCUGACAGUGCUCGUUGUAUUAUUUUCUCUCCUUCUGUUCGAUGGGCAAGCACAAGUGCUCCUGCAACAGCGUCAGCCAUCUCUCACCAAAAGGACAUCUAUGACUGCAGUGAUUGAUUGCAAAGUCGAGGGCAUAGAUAACUUCCAGGCUGCUUACAUCCAUUGGUACCGACAUAUACCCACCAGGGCUCCCGAACGACUUCUCUAUGUGACCCCAACAGCACAGAUUUCUUACGAGAAGGAUUCCUACAAGGACAAGUACCACUCUUCUAAAAGAGGCAAAAAUACCUGCACUCUAUCAGUCAAAGACAUACGUGAGGAUGAUGAAGGUACCUACUACUGUGCCUACUGGCAGUCUCACAGAGCGAGAAGAUCGUAG